AAAGGAAUUGCAAUCGCAGAUUUUGUACUUCGACUGGGUGUCAUCGGGGCAGCUAUGGGUAGCGCCGUUACCAUGGGAACCAACGAAGAACAGCUUCCAUUUUUCACGCAGUUCCUCCAGUUUCAUGCUCAGUGGAGUCAAUUUCCCAUGUUUGGGUUUUUCGUGAUCGCAAAUGGAGUAAUAAGCGGAUAUGCUGUCCUUUCCCUUCCCUUCUCGUAUGUGUGCAUUGUUAGGCCUCACGCAGUAGGGCCAAGGCUUCUACUUGUGAGCUUUGACACAGUGAUGAUGGGGCUAAUAACAGGAGCAGCUUCAUCUGCUGCUGCGAUCGUGUAUUUGGGUCAUAAUGGGAGUGCAGAAGCGAAUUGGAUGGCGUUUUGUCAGGGAUUCACCAACUUCUGUCAAGCAGCAAGUGAGGCUGUGGUCACUUCAUUUGUUGCAGCACUCUUCUUCAUGUGUUUGCUCUCACUCUCUGCUCUCGCUCUAAGAAGAAAUUCACUUACUUAG